CUGUGACUCUGAAGCCGCCGCCGCCUCCCGCCUGCCUCUCCAUCUCCGUCCACGCCGCGUCAUAAAAAUCCCCCUUCAAGGCCCGACCUAGCACCUACCCUCGCCACCCGCCCAUUCCAGUUCCCAAUCCGAUCGGUGCACGAGCUCCGAAUCCACUAUCCCUGUUGUUGGCGGCCUCCAGCUCCCGCUGGGACCAUUUCCGUUUCAGGGAGGCGGUCUACUCUGUAUUUAGAUCCGCCCCCUCCUUGCGGUAGUCGGGGGAGCGGAUUUAGGUGAACAAGCAUCUUGAUUUUUUUUGACCCCCCAAUCUUUGCUCUACCCACCGCGUGGUCUUCGCCUUUAAAUCCUCUGGAGGUGGAUAGACGGACGAGGCAAAGCCGAAGGCAAGAACGGUCGUUUCAAGUAUCCUGCUACCGGCGUCCGAAGGAACCUUCAAGUGUUCCAGUGGAGGUAUUAGGAGUGGUGGGGAAAAAGGGAUUGUAGAGGUAACGAUGUUGAGACAGAGCUCUAGUAGAAAUCAGAGAUCCAGAGGUCUGAAGCUGAAGAAAGCUCUUCAGAUUAGUCUCUUGCUUCUGGUUUCUGUUUGGUUGCUCUACCAAGUUAAGCAUUCUUACGAGAAGAAGGCGGCGUACAGCGAAGGUGAAGUGAAUGAUUUGCAUAAAGAUGACAAGGGCCAGGGAGAGGCAGUCAGAUUGGGCAGGAAGGAUGUGCCUCCAAAGAUGGAGGCUGAUUCUUCAACACUGGAUGAGCGGGUUGAGGAUGAAGAGAACGAUGAAGUGGAGCAAGAAAUGAAGCAUGAUGAGAACGAUGAGGAUCCCAUCGAUGAGCAAGACCUGGAGAAGGACGAGGAUCUUCCCGAGCCUGGCGAGCAUUCUUCUGAAAAGGAUGAAGAUGUGGGUGUGUUUGAGGACGAAGAGCGGAAGGAGCGGUCACAGGAGGAUCAAGAGAAGAGCUUCCAUGGUGACGAUGUGUCUAGUGCUGUUACUCAUGAUCCUCAAUCGUCCGAGCAAGAUGAGCUGUUCCAUCAUGCCCAAGACACGGUCCUAUUCGUGGAUGAUGCUUCAACUGCAGUGCCCAAUGAAAACCAUGUGGCUGGAAACGACGAGGAGGAAGUGCAGAGGGCUAGGGAAAGGAGUUUCAGAGGCGAUGAUGUGUCAAGCUCCGUGGAUCAUGACGCCAAGGUGGCAAAGCCUCUCCCAGAGGAACAACUGAACAGCAUGGAUAAGAUAUUUGAAGGCACCACAAACUUGUCUAACGGAAUUUCGUUUCGAGCUCCUGGAAUAAAUGGAUCAUAUGCCGGCAUGGACAAUGUGGCUACAGUACCAACUAAUUCACCUUCACAGAAAAACGCAGGCACUCCUAGCAAUGACAUAGAAAGCAAGACCCACCCAUCUCCGGCAAAUUUGACCGGACCAGAGCAAAGUAAUUCGACUUUGAAAGAUCACCCAGAUCAACAAGUGAAUUCAACAGCAGUGCUGGGCAACCAAGUACAGCCUUUGACUAACCAGACGCCGUGGCCCGAGUUGGAUUCUCCAAAUGGCACCUUGGCUCUGGUAACAGAUGUCCAAAAGUCCACAUCUGGAGCUGGAGAUGAUGGCAGCAGCACUGUGGACAAGAGGACGGACGGUAGAGAUGGUCCCAAAGAAGACGUGGAUGUGUCCACGAAAAUAAUGAACAGGGCAAUCAGUGAGGAUGAAGUCGUUCCAGAGUGACAAGGAGAUCUCUCUUGCCGGCUUCUGGUGUAACCUGUAAGUUUGUAGGACUUGGUUUCGUCUCCUAGACUAGACUUGGAGAUGCGCAAGCAGGCUGUCUCGUUGUGCACGCCUUUUGUGUAAGUUUGAUAGAUGUCUGCUUUUGUACUGCCAGUUAGUAGUCCAUCACAAUGAUCUGGGUCGAGUGGAGAACAAGAAGCAUGUGUACCCACAGAAAUAUAUGUAGCGAUUCUGCAGCUCUUGAAGCUUCGCUGCUCGAAUCAAAUGCCAGAGUAGGCAGCUAAAUACCAUCUAUCAAUGAAAUGUCCAUGCCCAUCGCUGCCC